UUUGUUUUGUUUAAAAGAUGGUUGAAGUGUGAGGGACUUUGGAAGCGAGCGUGCCUGCCGGAAAAAGGUAUCAUCUUCCAGAAAUACCCUUAUAUCUAUCUCGCAAUCUCAACUGAAAAUCUCGUUGAAGAACUCUCUCUCUCAUCCCUUCUUUCCUAUCUCAAUCUGUUGCCCAACCCAUUCCGAUUCCAUUGUUUCCAUUCCAACAUACAAAUUUCAGCUCCAUCCAAGCCAAUAUUAUUAUGUCGCAAGAGGAGGUAGCCAGGGAAGCUAUCAAGCACGCAUUAAAGGCGCUGAAAAAGCGUCAUUUAGUCGAAGAAGGAGCUCAUGCUCCCGCUUAUAUUGCUCUCUCCCGCCCAAUCAUCUCCCAGGGCUCGGAAUGGAAAGAGAAAGCGGAAAAUUUGGAAUUGGAACUUCAGCAAUGUUACAAAGCGCAAUCAAGGUUGUCUGAGCAACUAGUGGUGGAAGUAGCCGAGUCCAGAGCUUUAAAAGCUUCGCUACAGGAGAAAGAAACAACAAUUGCUGACUUGGAGAAUGAGUUCACUCAGACAAGGGAUGAAUGCUCUCAAUUGAAGACAGAUUUGGAAGAAAAUAUUAGAGCGCUGGAAUUGGUGAUGAGCGAGCGCCAGGAACUCAAAGCUCAACUAGAACAACUGACUAUUAAAGCUAAAAAUGCAGAGGCUGAAAAUAAGAUGUUGGUUGAUCGUUGGAUGCUUCAAAAGAUGCAGGAUGCUGAACGACUUAAUGAGGCAAAUGCACUUUAUGAAGAUAUGAUUGAGCGGCUCAAGGCCAGUGGUUUAGAAAAACUUGCCCGAGAGCAAGUAGAUGGUAUUGUCCGUAGAAGUGAAGAAGGUGCUGAGUUCUUUGCGGAAUCAACUAUUGCCUCUGUUUGCAAGCACAGGAUCAAUGCACAUGAAGGUGGUUGUGCUUCUAUCAUGUUUGAGUACAAUUCUGGCAAAUUGAUCAGUGGAGGACAGGAUCGAUCAAUAAAAAUGUGGGAUACUAGCACUGGAUCAUUAAGUCAUAGUCUUUUUGGUUGCCUUGGUUCUGUCCUUGAUCUUGCAAUCACCCAUGACAAUAGAUUUAUUAUAGCAGCAAGUAGUUCAAACAACUUGUUUGUAUGGGAUGUCAACUCAGGACGAGUCCGUCAUACCCUCACUGGUCACACGGAUAAAGUGUGUGCCGUAGAUGUGAGCAAAGUUUCAAGUCGUCAUGUCGUGAGUGCUGCUUAUGAUCGCACUAUAAAAGUGUGGGAUUUGCAGAAAGGUUAUUGCACGACCACAAUAAUUUUUCACAGCAACUGCAAUGCACUUUGCUUCAGCACAGAUGGACAGACCAUAUGCUCAGGUCAUGUUGAUGGGAAUCUUCGUUUGUGGGAUAUCCAGACAGGAAAGUUGCUCAGUGAAGUCGCUGCACAUUCGCUCGCCAUUACAUCUAUUUCUCUAUCCCGAAAUGGAAAUGUAAUAUUGACUAGCGGCAGAGAUAAUUUGCACAAUUUAUUUGAUAUACGAUCUUUGGAAGUUUGUGGUACAUUCAGAGCAAAUGGAAACAGGGUGGCAUCUAAUUGGAGUCGGUCCUGUAUGAGUCCAGACGACAACCAUAUUGCUGCUGGCUCUGCUGAUGGAUCCAUCUACAUUUGGUCAAUAUCCAAAGCUGACAUAGUAAGCACUCUGAAGGAGCACACUGCUCCUGUCUUGUGUUGUACAUGGAGUGGACUUGGAAAACCAUUAGCCUCUGCUGAUAAGAAUGGGAUCGUGUGUACCUGGACAUGAACCAUUAGCCUCUGCACAUACUUGUACAUAUGUCAAUGAUGAUGGUUACUAUAUUCAACAUUAAAAUAGCUUUUAUUUAUUACUUUUCUAAAGAUUAAAAUGUUUUUGCUCAA